GAUCGACGGCUUCUCUCAAAACGACACCUUCUCCAACCUCUUCGUGUCGAAUGUGCUGCCUGAGGGCCUUCACACGGUCUCCAUCACCAACGAGCUAACGGACCCCUCGGUGCCGUACCUUGAUAUCGACUACAUCAUUUGGACAUCGUCCGUGACGCCGUCGGCGUUCAACAGCGCUCCCACAGUCGAGGACACGAGCAGUCUGUUCUCUUUCACCCCGACUGCGGCAUGGACGAGUCAGCUAGCGCCGUCGCUGACCGGAUUCAGUGGAAGCAGCGGCCACCAAACCACAUCUGAUGGCGCUUCUGCUUCCUUGUCAUUCACCGGCAGCUUCGUUUCGGUGUUUGGAGCGGUGGGGCCCCUGAUGGCGCCGUACAGCGUGCUCUUGGACGGCGUGCCCCAGGGGAUGUUCAAUGCUACGAAACAGACAUACUAUAAUAUGGUUGAGCUGU